AUGUACUGUACGAUCAAUAAGACUGAGUCGAUCCGAAACUUCCUGUGCCGUCGAGGGCCGGACCAGUUCGCCAAACUCCAGAUACCGGUCCACUCGGCCGGCGACUAUCAAACGGGUCUCCAGUUAUGUCUCAUGAGUUCCGGACUUCAACUGCGCGGCGGUAAACAGCUAUGCGAUCAGCCAUUGAUGGACAUCGCGGGCAAUGUCUUGCAAUGGAACGGACAGGUGUUCGCCGGCGACCUAACCAUCGACGACACGGAGUCGGACACCGAAGUGCUGAUGAAGGCGUUGGCGAAGUGCGAGACCGACGCCCAACUGUUGGCAGUGUUUUCGCAAAUAGCCGGCCCCUGGAGUUUCACGUAUUGGGAUAGUAGGCGUCGCCUGUAUUGGUUCGGUAGGGAUGUGUUGGGCCGACGGAGUCUCUGUUGGAAUACCGACCCCGCCCCUCCAGUGGGCGGAAAUACCGGCUGA